CAAACAAAAAACCGUGCAGGGUCACAGAACGUGGGAGACGGAGCGGCGUUUCCGGGGGGAGGAUUAUAGACGUCGGACUCGGUGCCACCCGAAAAGUGUCCCCCAGAUCCCGGAAGUGGCCGGAGAAACCAUGAGCCGACGUUGGAUGCUGCCCACCAUUUUACUUCAGGUCCAGAGAAUCCACACAGCAGGGCAGCACCUAAAAUCCAAAACAGGGGCAGAGUAUCGCUGGCUGGAGAGGCAUUUCCGAGAUCCAUUUGUGAAGCGAGCCAAAGAGAGGAACUAUCGUUGCCGAAGUGCUUUCAAAUUGCUGGAGAUUGAUGACAAACAUCACCUCUUUCGGCCUGGGCUGCAUGUCCUCGAUUGUGGGACGGCCCCUGGAGCCUGGGCGCAGGUAGCGGUUGAAAGAGUCAAUGCCACAGGAUCUGAUCCAGAUCAGCCUGUUGGCUUUGUCCUUGGAGUUGAUCUUCUUCACCUUUUCCCCCUGGAAGGAGCAAUUUUUCUCCCUCACACCGAUAUCACGGAUGUGGGCACCCAGAAGGAGAUCCAAACUCUUCUCCCAAAAGGAAAAGCGGAUAUUAUCCUAAGCGACAUGGCGCCGAAUGCAACCGGCAUCCGGGAAUUCGAUCAUCAAAAAUUGAUCCAUCUCUGCCUGUCCCUUUUGGAUCUGGCCCAAGGCAUUUUGCAGCCAGGAGGGGUCCUGCUGUGCAAAUUCUGGGAUGGCAAGGAGAGCCAUCUCCUCCGAAGCCGGCUGUUGCAAGACUUCUGUGAAGUGAAGACCCUAAAGCCUCAAGCGAGUAGGAAAGAAUCGGCGGAGACCUUUUUCUUAGCAAAAACAUACCGAGGGGUGUCAAAUAUACAGCAGAAGAAACUUCAGUAGCUUCGUGCAUUCUGUGUGGCAUCGCUUAGGAUUGAUAUACCAGACAUGGUUGCAGUAGCAAUAGUUGCAUUUUUUGUUGGGGGAGGGUGCUGCAAAUGGAAAUUUUGCAGGCUGCUGGAGAGGUGGGGUCCUUGGUGCUCUCUGAGCUUGGUGGUUUUCUUGCAGACGUUUCAAGACCCAGCUAGGUAACAUCAUCAGUGCAAACCUCAAUCCCUUCUGGCAUUGAUGAUGUUUCCUAUUAGGUUAUGAAACGUCUACAAGAAAACCACAAGUUUAGAGAGAAUCAAGGGCCCCUGAGCUAUAAGUGCUUGAGAAGUUUGUAUAUAGUAUUAAUUAUAAGUUGUAUAAAUAAAUAAAUAACCAAUAGAACAAAA